UGCAUUGCCUUUUGCCCGCUUUCCAAUUUCCCCUCGCCCACAACGGGGUGGCCACAGCGAUUUACCUGUGGCGCCCCGACCCGCCCCACUCCUUCCUCUCUCUCUCUCUCUUUUAUAGCGCUCCCCCUGCGCGCCUGCGUCCUCGGUUUUUCUCCGCUGAGCUUUCCUUCAACCCCGCUCAGCUCCCUCCCUUCCUACAAAUCUGGUCUGGUGGGCGCUGUUCGCCGCGGCGGGUCUCUCGCGCCCGCGCUCCCGCAACAACCUCAAAACCCUAGCCAUCCUCGCGACCCAGUCGAUUGGAUCGACCGCUUCCUCCUCCUCCGCCCAGACCCAGACCCAGGGACCGCUGAUUUCACUCCUGUGUGUUUUCAACUCACUUGGGAUCCGCGAGAGUGCUGCUAUACUGGAUCAUCGCUUUCUGUUUGGCCUGAGCUGUGGAAGUUUCUAAGUAGAAACUGAGGGUCAGUUCAAAACUUUAUCCCACUCACCCCAUACAUACUGGCGAGAAAUGGAUCGUGAUGAUGUAUCUGGCUUUGUUAGCGGGGGUUGCAAGCUGUUCUGAGUUUUCUAACCUAGUAGAAGUUAAUAAAUAAAGUUAUGAUACCAGGAAGUCAGUCAACUGGCGGUUCUUUUCAUUUACUAAUUGGUUGAUGUUUCCGAAUUGGAAUGGACAAAACUUCUCAUGGCCUUGGAUUUGGUGAUAGCAUCAACUCGUUAAACACUUCUCAUUACCGGAGUUCAGUCCAACACACUGCUCAGCAUAGAGACACUACACUUGAUUCCACAUCAUAUUCCAGCUUCUCAUCCACCAACACAAAAGCCCUGAAAAGGAAGUGGGGUACUAUGGCUGGAGCAGAAGGUACUGGGGAUGCAUUACUCACUCUGGGUUUAGGCCGUUCACCAAGUUCAUCUGACAAUAGCAAAGUAAGCUCUGCCACAGCCUGUGCAAUGUCUCCAUGCUCGCUAAAGGAGGCUGAUGAGGAGUCAUCUGUUGAUCUUAGCUUGAAUUUUGAGCUUUCCCUUGGCAAUGAUGUUGCACGUUUUCAAAGGAAAUCCUCUGCUGGUUUAGUAGCCAAUUCUCCUAAACUGGAUCUUCAGUUGAGUUUAUCCACUGGCUCACCUGAAUCUGCUGUCACUUGUACAAAUAUGGUGUCACCAAAUAUUCAUGAUGGCUUGGACAUACCAGUGACCUAUUCAUUACCAGCCAUUAUAGGGAAUGGGUCAGCACCGUCUAGUUGGGGUUUUGAGCACUCUGUGGUUUCAUCAUCAUAUGCGUCUGAAGCAACAUAUGCAUUUCCAUUUUCGAAGAUACCCAGACAAGAGAAUGGUACUUUGUCUUCACCAGUCAUAUCGUCAACUAUGCCAGCAAGUGUGAAGAGCUCAGUUGCCUGUACUUCGGUGGUAACUAACCCUCAGCAGCGCAAUCUUAACACUAAAACCUGCCAGUUCCCUGGAUGUGGCAAAGGGGCAAGAGGUGCAUCAGGGCAUUGUAUAGCCCAUGGUGGUGGUAGGCGAUGCCAGAAAGCUGGUUGCCAGAAGGGUGCUGAAGGAAGGACCAUAUAUUGCAAGGCCCAUGGUGGAGGGAGGAGAUGUGAGUUUCUUGGAUGUACAAAGAGCGCUGAAGGACGCACCGACCACUGCAUUGCCCAUGGUGGUGGCCGCCGGUGCAGUAAUGAUGGCUGCUCCCGUGCUGCCCGAGGAAGAUCUGGCUUAUGCAUCAGGCAUGGUGGUGGAAAAAGGUGUCAGCAGGAGAAGUGCACCAAGAGCGCAGAAGGUCAUUCUGGCCUCUGCAUCUCUCAUGGGGGUGGGAGGCGCUGCCAGUUUCCAGAAUGUGCAAAGGGUGCACAGGGAAGCACAAAGUUCUGCAAGGCACAUGGUGGAGGCAAGCGCUGCACUUUCUUGGGCUGUACCAAAGGAGCUGAAGGCAGCACCCCUUACUGCAAGGGCCAUGGAGGAGGCAAGCGCUGCUUAUUUGAGGGUGGUGGAGUGUGCCCCAAGAGCGUGCAUGGCGGGACGCAGUACUGUGUUGCGCACGGUGGUGGCAAGAGGUGCGCUAUUUCUGAUUGCACCAAGAGUGCUAGAGGGCGGACGGAGUACUGCGUGCGCCAUGGUGGUGGCAAGAGAUGCAGGUUCGACGGCUGUGUGAAGAGUGCACAGGGGAGCACUGAUUUCUGCAAGGCGCAUGGGGGAGGCAAACGCUGCUCAUGGGGCCUGCCGGGCUCAAGCUUCGGUAUUGGCACUGAGCAGUGUGAUAAGUUUGCUCGCAGCAAGACUGGCCUCUGUUCAGCUCACACCGCUCUAGUCCAGGACCACUGUGUUCAUGGUGGUGGUACAUUAGGCCCUGUAAUCCACCACUUCGCCGCAGAUGUUAAACCCGGCGAGAUGGAAGUUGCUGCAGCAGUGAAGGUUGAUCCUGUUUCGAUGCAGUCGGGGUCUCCAUUGCCGGAGCCGGAGGGCAGGGUGCAUGGUGGUGGGCUGCUGGCGCUGCUUUCUCGCGGCGGCAACCACACAGGCCCUGUUGGUAACUCCGAUAACGGCGCUUCUGUCAUGAUGGCGUGGAUGUGAGCGGGCGGGCAUUCUCAUCAAGAAUUGGUUGCUUCAAGUUUUGAUCUGUUUCCAGAGCUAAUGCUGUGGCGGGAUAAAGUUCCACAUUUCACCAAUUGUUGUCCUAGUCGUUUGGAACUGGUAGGACAUAUAUCCUCCGUGUAGAAUAAAUAAGGGAGAGCGUUGUGGGCUUCUCUGUUAUUGUAAUGUAAUUAAUUAAUUAAUGUCGUCAAACUGCCCUUGCUUUGUGUUUAUUACAAUUUGUGUAAUCUGAUACUACUUCACAGUUCCUACUUGGAUACAAUGUCUUCGCAGUUUGCUUU